AUGAAGAUUUCAAUUCUCACUCUCGGCUUCGGCCUCCUAACCUUCAUCGACUCUACGCUUGCCUAUCCAGGCAUAAGAAACACGAUACGCGAGAUCGAAAAGAGGGUUGCACAAACGCCUCCCGAUGGCAAUAACGAUGGGUCUACUCCCCCUGUCCUGAUAGGCGAUCUGAAGAAUGGCAUCAGAACUCCGGUGGGCCAGACAAUUGCCAAUAUCCUCCUCAAGACAGAAUCUGGCCAAAGCAGCGAGGCAGGUUACACGCCACCUAUAAUCGGGUCAAAGAAGUGCAAACAAGACACAUGCUGUGUGUGGUGGUACGUCUCACAGGCCCUCACAAUAAUUUUCAAAGGGCCAUCGGGUCGAUGCAACAAGAAUGCACGAGCUGCGGUACGCCUUGGCUUCCACGAUGCCGGUACGUGGUCUCAACCGCUGGCGGACUCUGGCUCGGAUUUUGGAGGGGCAGAUGGCAGUAUUGCUCUUUCCUCGGAUGAAAUUAAUCGAGGAGAGAACAAUGGCCUACAGGAUAUCAUUGGGAAGAUGAAGAUAAUAAAGGCUACUUUCGGCGUCGGCAUGGGCGAUCUCAUUCAAUUUGCAGGUAUUCACGCUACCGUUACUUGCCCUCUUGGACCACGCAUCAGAUUCUUUGCUGGACGCAAAGACAGCAGCAAAUCAGCGCCAAACAACCUGCUUCCUGGCGUGAACGACAGCGCAGAUAAGCUCAUCCAACUCUUCCAGGACAAGACAAUCGCACCCCAUGAUCUUGUCGCUCUCCUUGGCGCGCAUACAACUAGCCAACAAUUCUUCGUGGACCCGAAGCGGAAAGGCGAGCCCCAAGACGGCACUCCUGGAAUCUGGGAUACUCUGUUCUACAACCAAACCAUGGGCACUGGCCCUCUACCUAAGAAAGUUUUCCGCUUCGCAAGUGACAUCGUCAUUUCUCAGGAUUCACGCACUAAGAGCGAGUGGGUUCAGUUUGCUGGCCCUGGAGGCCAGUCGCAUUGGAACGACGACUAUGCUCAUUCCUACAUCCGCCUUUCCAUGCUCGGCGUGAACAAUAUGAAUAGUAUGACGGAAUGUACGAAAGUCUUGCCUGCCGCGCAAUCGACUUUCAAGGGCGCAGGUGAACUUCUUGUUGAGGAGUGA